AUAAAAGGAGUGUUACUGAUAGAACAAUAGGCUGUCCCAAGACAAAGCUGAGAUAAUGCAUUGCCGCCUUGACUGCGACUAUGAGUUGCAAGGUCGAAGUUGUCUCAGUCCACACGCGGUAUCAUGAUGUAACCUUGAACCCACAAUCAACCACAAACAGUGAAGCUGAGUAUGACAUUUAUUAGAGAAUAUGUCUUGGUGAUCUUUUUAUCAAAAUUUCCCGUUGGUGUUUGUAAAUAUUGACAUUUGGACGUAUUCGCAUGCAGUGUAAGCAAAAGAGGGCGGCUGUGUUUUCGCUCCCUCGUAUUCGUCACGAGAAAUGCGAUGGGCGACCUAACCUAACCAAUAUGUAUGUUCAAGAUAUGCUAAUGCUUUCACAGUCGGAACGUGAUUCUGCCCGUCGGUCCAAUUUACGUACACGUCAACCGAGGCAUGACGUUUACUCAGAGAAGCAUGAACCAACGAGGUUUCAGCGUUUGUUUCAUCUACCUACACGAUGAUAGAAGUCAUCUCAGGCAAUCACUCGUUAACUACUAGCUACCACUUUUCUCCGUGUUGAGAAACAGUCAACGCUUAUAAAUAUCGACAUAGCCCAGAAAAGACAAGUGAGAACCUUGGGAAAUUAUCACUUGAACAGAAGAAGCAGCUCAUACCGUUCAGUGACUCUCCGUUCACUCGGCAUAUCCUCAAUGUCCCCUUCGCUUGAGUAACCCCUCCAAACCAUAUUUGAGACAUUACUGUGACAUCCAAUCCAAGGAGGUACCUACCUUGGCUGCAUUUUGGUGUCACAGCUGCAUAAACAAAUUCCUCUUCCCACAACAACUUGCUUGUUUUGUCCUCUAUUAUUCUCUCCUCUCACCAUCAUCAUCGUCAUUACCAUUUUUCGCAUAACUCCCCAAUUAUUUAUCCAACCCCUGCAUCUGAAGCUGCAGCUCCCCUAGCCCUGGCAUCAAGAUAGCGUCAUCGAUUAAGCUCACGCGGCCAAACGAGAUAACAGAUAUUGGCGAUUGAACACGUCGACGACAUUCAAUUCCUCUGUAGCGACAUCAAUUGAAUGUGCCCGAUAUCAACCUUCCAUUCAAGCACACCAAAUUAGCCGUUGUAUCGCUCAGGCGCUUUUCUGCAGCUCAUUUAUCCCAUUCCCCUCCACCUCACAAAGUGUUGGGGAUAUAAGCGCCAGCCACCUUUCACGACAGAUAGCUUCAUCAGAUCAGUCAUGUCAGCUCCAAGCACAUUUGGAGAGCUGGGUCUCUCCAUCAUCGGAAUCAGCGCCGAAUAUCCACCAUAUUCCCUAGAUUAUACCUGCCUCAACACCCUUAGUGACAAGUUCUAUCCCGAUACACCUUCUAUGCAAAAGGUCCUCGGAAUCAACAGAUAUACCGGAAUUGACACACGGUCGUCCAUUGGAACACCCGACCAUCCAGCUGUUAACAAGAAAGAUGCGCCCUCAAUAGCAGAGCUCCACACUCUGUUCCUCUCUGAUGGCGUUCCUCUCGCGAUCCGAGCCGCUCGAAAGGCCAUUGACGAGGCCAAGAUUGACAAGAGAUUGAUUACCCAUAUUGUCUCCACAACAUGUACAGAUAGUGCAAACCCAGGCUUCGACCACUUUGUCGCAAAAGGUCUGGGCAUAUCGCAUGGUGUAGAGAAGGUCUUGCUUCAUGGUGUUGGUUGCAGCGGCGGACUGGCAACUCUCCGAACAGCCGCGAACCUGGCUCUUGGUCAUAAAGCACGCGGUCUGCCCGCGCGCGUUCUGUGUGUAGCACUUGAGGUCAGCACCACUAUGGUACGCAGUGAGCUAGAUAGCAUCAACGAGCUGCAGCAGACAAGAAUAGGCGCGUGCCUCUUUUCGGACUGUGGUAGUGCCGCUGUAUUGAGCAACGGUAUCGGUGAACCCUCUGAACCGGUAUAUGACCUCCUCGGCUGGGACCACAGGACCAUACCAGAUACUGAGGAUGACUUGGGGUUUGAUGUUGACCCAGUCGGCUGGAAAGUUGUCCUCACACCUCGUGUCCCCAAGCUCACUGCCGCCUCAAUUGGCCCAGCCUUCAACGACCUCAAGGCAUCUCUGCCCCAACUCCCUCCAGACUAUCAGAAAGCAGCCGACUUCGACUGGGCGAUGCACCCUGGUGGCGCUACCAUCCUGUCCGGCGCUGAGAGAGCCAUGGAUAUCACACCGGAACACCAACGGGCAAGUUACGACACAUAUAUCAAUCAUGGCAACUCAAGUUCAGCUACCAUCUUCAGUGUCAUGGAUCGCCUACGUUCGAAAGAUAUGGAUGCCAUGGCGCCUGACGGACGCGUACGUGACUAUGUCGUUGGUUGUGCUUUCGGUCCUGGCAUCACAGUUGAGAUGUGCAUGUUGAAGCGGAAUAUGUCUUAUGGCGCCGGCUUGCCUGGCCUACAAACUCCACCAGAAACACCGGCUGAAACGGAGACGGAGCCGAGUGAAAUCGGGGAUGGAGAUGGAGAGUGGGGCCGCGAGUCGAGCGGAGAUCCGGCCGAGUCGCCGGAUCAGUAUGCGUUGUUUGUGGCCGACUCGUUGGAGCAUCUAGAUCUAGAUUAGCAUGGAGUUGUGGCACAAGGUUCAUCAUGAUCCAAUUCGAGGGCAUUAGUUGACAGUAGUUAUUAGAAGGAGGUAACAAGAGAGUAGAGGUAAUGAAAUUAUGUACACUUGUACGACUGUCACCAGGGGGUGUUCGUAUAUCGUGACCCCCAAUUCGCUUUCGGUU